UGACGGGUUAUGCAAAGAAUCGAGGUAAGCCAGGAGUUAAAUGGUUCAAUAGAUUCUUAAAAGACUAUAAUUUAAUUCCUAAACAUUUACGUAAAAUAGGGGCAGUCUACGGUGCUGUAGUACAUGGAGCUAAAAAUCCAGCUCAUCUAAUGACAAUUGCUAGAGAAUGUCUAAGACAUUCAAGUGACAACCACACUUCUCCAGUUCAAAAUUAUGUUGUAGUAAAUUAUCGCAAACUAGCCCUCAUUAAAAUCGCAUAUUCAUAUCCCAACUUAAAACAUCUCAAUAUUCGUAAUAAUAAAGAAAUAACUGAUAUUUCCAUUUCUGAGAUUGCACGAUCAUGUUAUAAUAUGAAGUAUCUAAAUAUUUCCUAUUGUAAAAACAUUACCGAUAAAUCUAUUUAUGAGAUUGCAGAAUC